ACGUAAUGCGCAUGCGCACUUUACCACAGCGUAGUUAACGCGGGUUCCUGUGUUUUGUUUUUUAUUCGGUCUCUGGUCGGUCCUUCGGAGGGUCAGAGAACCCGGAUGUUUGUACCGUGAAACAGCGGGGAUGCUAACGGUUAGCCGUUCAGUCUGAAGCUCGGAGCUCCGGUAAACCCAGUAAACAGACUCAGGCUUGUUUGCUGAGUCCUCCUGCAGACAUCCCAAAAACCACAGAAGAAGAAGAAGAAGAAGAAGAAGAAGAAGAAGAAGAAGAAGAAGAAGAAGAAAAAGAAGAAGAAGAAGAAGAAGAUGGGUCCAGUGUCAGACGUGGAGGUGUCUGAGAGGGGAGGAGCUUUGUCUCUGGAUGACUGCCGCUGUCCUGUUUGUCUGGAGAUCCUUAUAGAGCCUGUGACCCUGCCCUGCACACACACCUUCUGCAAGGCGUGCUUCCUGCAGGCGGUGGACCAGGCUGCCCUGCUGUGUCCGCUCUGCAGGAGGAGGAUCUCGGUGUGGUGUCGACUGAACAGCAAAAACAAGACCCUGAUCAACCAGACCCUGUGGACCACCAUCCAGAGGAGCUUCCCCGAGCAGUGUGAACGAAGACAAGGGGGACAGGAGGUCAGCGAGGAGGACGCAGUCUCUCUGUGUUGUCCCAGGGUCAGUGAGCCUGGAGAAGUGAGGCAGGAGUAUGAGGAGCAGGUAAUAAAGCUGACAGAGGAACGACGGGUGAUUGAGGAAGAGGAGAGGAGGGCAAGUGAGGAUUUCAUCCAGAGACUGCUGGCUGAGGAAGAGGAGGAACUGGUGGAAGAGACAAAGAGGAGAGAGGAGGAUGAGAGGCUCGCCAGACUGCUGAGCAACCAGCUGGUUAGUUUCUUUUAUCACAUGACCAUCACAAGACCGUCACAUGACCAUCACAUGAUUAUCACAUGACCAUCACAU